AUGCGCUCGUAUUGGAAGUUGGGGGGAUCCUCUGAGGAAUGGGACAGUGUGAUUGGAAUCUCAUCCUCAAGCGAUCGGGGGUCUAUCCCCCGUUCAGAGCCAGGGUCCCAGGAAAGAACAGGUGACCUUGGCCGUGGAAUGGAAGAAGCGGACCAGGGACCGUUUGCCUUUGACGGAGAAUGGGUUUUCCUGCGCAAGUGCAUUGGGAUGAGGGCCGGGACGCAGUGUCCUGAUGGUAGUUAUCUUUCUCUAGUCAUAUCGUUUCCUUCAUUGGACACCAUACUAGGACAUCUUCCCCCCUCCCACCCUCAAGGACGUAGAAUGUUCCAUUGGUGGAUCUCCCCGUCGAGCUAUACCCAAGUAAUUCUCCCACUGAGGGACCGCCAUGGCUUUCCUCCUCCCCCAUCCUCUCGCCCCGACCCGAUCAGCCUCAGCUGUGUCCUCCACCGCCCGGCAUCUGUCAUGCAUUCCUCGACGCAAGGAGCAACGAUCGCUUGCCUGCCCCUUUUCGGGUCCCCCGUGCUUUGCUUUUUCGAUUCUUCUUCUUUUUUUUUUGUUCGUUUGGUAUUUUUGAUUUCUUUUGGUUUGGUGUUGAUUGCUGCUGGUCCACGUCGAUUGGCCAUGGCGUGUACUCCGUAA